GACUGGGGAGGGCACCGGGAUAGACACCGGGAUAGGCAUGGAUGGGCACCGGGAUGGGGCACCGGGAUAGAGGCGAAGUGGACACCGGGGUAGAUCGGGAUGGAAACCGGAAUACAUCGGGAUGGAGGUGUUGCCAUGAACAGGAUCCGGAUCCACGUGCUGCCCACGAGCCGGGGCCGCCUGACCCCGGUGCCGCGGCCCCAGGAGCCGCUGGCCUGUGCCUUCAGCCCCCGGCCCUGCUCCCAGCCCCGCCUGGAGGGGCAGGAAUUCUGCAUCAAGCACAUCCUGGAGGACAGGAACGCUCCCUUCAAGCAGUGCAGUUACGUGUCCGCCAAGAACGGGAAACGCUGCCCCAACGCCGCCCCCAAACCCGAGAAGAAGGAUGGGUGAGCCUCCUCUGCCUCCUGGUUUUCCCGGUAUUCCCCGUGGUUUUUAACCCUGUGGAAUUCAAAUGGCCAGGAGGAGGUUCUUCUCCUUGUGGUCCCCGCCGAGGGAAAGGCUGGAGCUGUGUCAGGGGAGGCUUGGGUUGGAUUUUUGGGGAAAGGUUCUUCCCCCAGAGGGUGGUCGGGCACUGAACAGGAUCCCCACACCCCUUGGGAGAAUAAUCCUGAGGGAUCCCCACACCCUUGAAGGAGAACAACCCCGAGGGCCCCAUCCCAAACAGCCCCUGGUUUUUCCAGGCACGCCGGGGUGUACACGGCCGAGGAGGUGGCUCUGAUCAUGAGGGAGAAGCUGAUCCGGCUCCAGUCCCUCUACAUCGACCAGUUCAAGCGGCUCCAGCACCUCCUGAAGGAGAAGAAGCGCCGGUUCCUGCACAGCCGGAAGGGAGAGCACGAGGCCAUCGGGAGCAGCCUCCUGACAGGCCCGGAGGGGCUGAUGGCCAAGGAGAGGGAGAACCUGAAGCGGCUCAAGUGCCUGCGGAGGUACCGGCAGCGCUACGGGGUGGAGGCUCUGCUGCACCGGCAGCUCCGGGAGCGCCGCGUCCUGGCCACCGACGGCGCGGCCCAGCAGGCCCACACCACCCGUUCCAGCCAGCGCUGCUUGGCCUUUGUCGAUGACGUCCGAUGCUCCAACCCGUCCCUGCCGAUGACCCGGCACUGCCUCACGCAUAUCUGCCAGGACACGAACCAGACGCUGUUCAAGCCGUGUGACACCGUGGAGGGACAGGGCUGGGGACGCCCCGAGCCAGCAGUGAUGUCGGAGAGCGUGGCUGAGGCGCCGGGAGCCGGGAGCCCCGCGGCCCUGGGAGAGACGGGCACCAGCCAUGAGCUGCUGCAGCGGCUGCGGGAGCUGGAGGUACGUGGGGAUGGGACCACCGGGGCACGGGACCACCAGGCAGCCAUGGCUGGUGCCACCAGGCAGCCAUGGCCACCAUGA